AUGGCAGCAUGGGGGUCUAAUUCCAAGAAGCCGCUCAAGCCUAACGAGAUCGUGCAGAACUGCGAUCUGCCACCGCCGGCGGAGGUUUUUGCCGGCCCCGAAAAGGCGAUCCUCUCGUCCAAGGACAGGAUUAAUUUGGUUCACGAAGUCGAUCGGGAGAACGGGAAGCUGGAGCUUUUGAAGGCCCUCCGGCUCUCUCAGACGCGGGCCAGAGAGGCGGAGAAGAGAGCGGAGGCUCUGGCCAAGGAGAGGGACUCUCUGGCCGAGGCUUUUCUCAAAGAGUCGCGGCUGCUAUCGGCUUAUCGGUGGUGGGUGAAGCUGCUUGACCUUCGGCUGUCGCGGUUGCAGCGCCAAAUCUCCGGCCGGCCAAACGAGGAAGAAGACGGCGAGGACGGCGGCGGCGAGUUUAAUUGGUUUGUGGCCGUGGCGGUUUGCUUCGGCAUUGCUGGCCUGGGUUUUGCUUCCGGUUACAGGCUUUGGUUUUGA